GGAAAAAGAAGAUAAAGGUAAAAAUCAGGAAGAAAAUAUCGAAAGAGUAGAACCGGAAAGUCCAGUGCCAACUAUUAAUGAAGAAAACCGAGCACAAGCAGAAGAAAUUAGUAAUUCUCCUGGCAAAGACAAGAAGAUAAGUAUUAUUGACAAUUGA